GUCAUGUCAUAUUUAUAUCCCAAGAAACGCAUACAAACUUCAUACCACUCUAACCUAACCAAGAACUUCUCGCCUAGACACAGACAUUCCGGCGUAUUUUCCGACGACUUCCCGGCGAGAUUCCACGGCGUUCACCGACACGUACAACGGUAGAGAUGAGAACAGUGUGAAGAACAAUCGGCUGAUCGUCAUGUCAGUCUCUUGCUCCGACUACUUCCCCGACCUACUCUGCUGCGAGGACUCCGAGAUCUUGUCCGGCGACCCGUCGGAAUGCUCGUCGGACAUAGAAUCUCCGGCGAACAUCGAAGAAUCAAUCGCCGGACUUGUAGAAGAUGAGAGGAACUUCGUGCCUGGAUUCGACUAUAUCGAGAGGUUCCUAUCUCAAUCCCUGGAUGCCUCCGCUCGUGAAGACUGCGUUGCAUGGAUUCUCAAGGUACAAGCUUACUAUGGUUUCCAGCCAUUAACGGCGUAUCUCUCCGUCAAUUACUUGGACCGAUUCCUUUACUCUCACCGUUUGCCACAAACGAAUGGGUGGCCAUUGCAACUACUCUCAGUUGCUUGCUUGUCAUUAGCUGCUAAAAUGGAGGAACCUCUGGUUCCAAAUCUUUUGGACCUUCAGGUUGAAGGUGCAAAAUACAUUUUCGAACCAAGAACAAUCCGUAGAAUGGAGUUUCUUGUACUCGGUGUUCUUGAUUGGAGGCUACGAUCCGUCACACCAUUCAGCUUCAUCAGUUUCUUCGCAUACAAGCUAGAUUCAACAGGAACCUAUACCGGGUAUCUUAUAUCAAGGGCCACCGAGAUUAUUCUGUCUAAUAUCCGAGAGGCUAGUCUUCUCGAGUACUGGCCGUCGUGCAUAGCAGCUGCAACUAUACUUUGUGCAGCUAGUGAUAUCCCAAAUAUCUCUCUUUUUAAUCCUGCAAAUGCUGAAUCAUGGUGUGAUGGACUUAGCAAAGAGAAGAUUGUCAGUUGCUACCGGCUAAUGCAAGACUUUGGUGUUGACAAUAGGGGAAGGAAAUGCUCAAAAGUCUUGCCGCGAGUCCGGGUCAUGACCCGGGUGAGAAUCGGGUCAGGUGACUCAUCAUCCUCAUCCUCCUCCUCAUCUUACAAGAGGAGAAAAUUAAAUAACAGCUUGUGGGUAGUUGAUGAUGACAAAGGAAGCUCUGAUUAAGGAAAAAGAAAAUAUGGUGGUCCUAAGUUACCAGGAAUCCUCAGUAUUUUUGGAGGGUUUGGAGGGAAAUUGACAUGAGUGAUGUAGAUUACUUAGUAUAUCUAUAUAUAUAUAUAUAUAUAUAUUGUAUGUAUGAGAGUUUGGGGGAGUUUGGAGAUUUAUUAAUUUUUUUUUUGGUAGGCAUGCCAUUCAUUGAUGGCUUUGCAGAUUCCCAAGGAGGGGGAUUUGGUACAUAUAAUUUUGUGGGAGGAGAGAGAGAGAGAGAGAGGGGGGAAGAGAGAGAAAGAGAUGAAAAUUGUUUAAUAGCGGUGGAGUGAUGGAGUGUGAAGAAGUGGGGGGUGAUUGAAUUCAAGGGCAGCAUUGAUUAUUGAAUGAAAGGGAAGGAGAUGGGUGGGACCCAGAGGUAGGUGGGACCCAUGGCACAGGAGGCCCAGAGGAGAAAAUCAAUGGGGUUGGCAAAAAUAAAGGAUUGAACUUUGAAGUUUGUAGCAAUUUGAGCUGUUCAUGUGGGUUAUAAGUCAAGCUUCUCAUCUAUAUGUAUAUAGGCCACCAUCAUUUCUUCAACUUUGGAGAAAAAACAAAAAGAAGAGGGAAGAGAAAAUUUAAUAAAGAUGGCGCUCUCAAUAAUAGAGUAGUACUUCUUGAUGAGUGGUAUGUGUGUGUGUUUUACACACGUGUGCAUGUGUGAUUUUUCUUUUUCUUUUUUUUGGAGGGAAAUGCCUCUUCUAACUUUGAGUGGUCUUCAAGCGUGUAAUUGAUUACACUUGUUGAUUCAUUUUUUAUUGGCCUAAUUUUGGCCUGACCAUACAUUAAAGGUCUUUGGGGCCUUAUGGCGUGUUGUAUUUGGAUCCAUCGAUAUGAUUUAUAUAUUUCUCAUCUCUCUAUCUCUA